ACCUAUAUUUCGCUCGUCUUUGGCCUCUUAUCCUGACUAUUGUUUACAAUACGACGUUGUAAUUUAUUUAGUUAAAUAUAUAAUUGUUUUUUAUUAAUUAAUGCUAUUUUUAAUCAAUAUAGAUAAUUGAUAAAUAAAAUGUAUCAAUUAGGUUAACUGAAGUACAGCCUUGAAAGGAGAAACGAACGGAUACUUAAAAAUUACUUCUGAAUCUUCUGAAAAUAAAUUGCACUUUAAAUACAAUGGCUAGAUUUAAAAAAUGCACAGAAAAAGAUAUAUCUGUAUUACUUGAAACAAGUUCGGAAUCAAAUGUUGAAGAAUUAGACGAAUCUUAUAUUCCAAAAAAGAGCACAGAUAACGAUUCUUUUGAUCUUUCCGAUUCAGAACAAAUCUUUGAACAUAACAAACAUUUCUUGUUACGAACUAAUGCAUUGCAGAAGGAGCAAGCCUCUCUACGUCUGAAGUUGAGACGUUCUACAGAACAGAGUAUGUAUAAAAUAGAUACUGAAUCGGAGGAUGAAAGACCUAAGAGAUUAACUAGAAAUGCAAAACGUCAUUUGAAAGAUUUGCAAGAUGAAAAUCAAAUGCCACGUAAAGGUGCAAGAGUUAUAAAGUUACCUAAAAGAUAUUCAGUAUAUGAGUGUAAUUCGCCUAACAAUAAAUCACAAGUAUCUUUACAGAGAGAUCAGAUUAAUUAUGAUGAAAAGAAGCUACUUUUAAAUUCACUGGAUUCUUUUGAUAUGAGAAAACAAGAAACCAAAAAAGAUGUAGUUGAAAGUGAUGAUUCAGAUUGCGUUUGUGUUAAUUUUAUUCCAAAGACACCAUCUACAAGAUCAAAAUUGAAAUUUAAUAAACAAAAUCCUGCUCAUUCUGCAGAAGAUACCAAAGAUAAUACUCCUAAAGUUCAUAGAACCAGAUCGAAAUAUACAUCUCCUUCUAUGGAUGAAGAAAUUAAAUUAAAAAAAGAUAAUACAGAUAAAGUAUUAUCUAGUAACAAAAUGUAUCUUGAAACGGAUGCAAGACAAAAUGUUUCGCUUGAGAAUACUCCUAAAAGAUCAAGAAGUCAAAAAAGUGCUCGUAAAACUAUUUUAAGUAUGUCUAAUAAACGUGAAUCAGUAUACACAGAUGAGAAUAAGAGCAAGGCUGACAAGGUGAAAGUUGUUCACAAAGUUGAUAAAGAUUUGUCUAUAAAAACUCGUCAAAGGAAUGACAAAGGUAUUGAAUCAUCAGUAAUGCAGAAUGAUUUAAAUACUCCACAGGUUCGUGCAUUGAAGCAGGGUGCUUUGACACCAUCUAUGAAAAUGAGAACUGAUAUCCUAGCUAAACCAAUUACACCAUUGCAAGAAAUCAGAACUAGAUUGCAUGUCAGUGCAGUGCCUAAGUCACUACCUUGCAGAGAAGAGGAGUUCAAUAACAUUUAUACGUUCCUGGAAAGCAAAUUAAUGGACAAAAGCGGAGGAAGUAUCUAUAUAAAUGGUGUCCCAGGUACAGGAAAAACUGCCACUGUAAAUGAGGUUGUGAAAUGUUUAAAGAGAUCUGUGGAGAAGGGUAAAUUAGACAAUUUUGAUUUUGUUGAGAUUAAUGGUAUGAAAUUAUCUGAGCCCAGGCAAGCCUAUGUACAGAUUCUAAAGCAACUGACUGAAAAAGUUUUAACAUGGGAACAAGCAUAUAAUAUGUUAGAAAAGAGAUUUAACAGUAAUGCCAAGAGACCAGUGACAUUGCUACUUGUAGAUGAGCUUGAUUUAUUAUGUACAAAACGACAAGAUGUAAUAUAUAAUCUAUUGGAUUGGCCUACAAAAGCCUCUGCUCGAUUAGUAGUUAUUACUAUUGCCAAUACUAUGGAUCUUCCAGAAAGAGUUUUAAUGGGUAGAGUCACGUCACGAUUAGGUCUUACCCGAGUAACUUUUGAACCAUACAAUUAUAAACAAUUGUACGAGAUAGUGUUAACCAGACUUAAAAAUACAGAUAUUUUUGAAAAUGAAAUUAUACAAUUAAUUGCACGUAAGGUAUCCGCAGUAUCAGGCGAUGCUCGCCGCGCUUUGGACAUUUGUCGCCGAGUGGCAGAAAUUACUGAAACACAUAAUAAUACUACAGUAAGCGUACAAGACGUAAAUGAAGCUUUGUCGGAGAUGAUAAUAAAUCCAAAAGUUCAAGCGAUAAAACAUUGCUCAAGAUUUGAGCAAAUAUUCUUGCAAGCUGUAUGUGUGGAAGUCAAACGAAUUGGUGUGGAAGAAGUUUGUUUCAUAAAUGUUUAUAGACAAUUUGAAUCUCUAUGUUCCUUUGACGGUUACAAAACACCCAAUAUUACUCAGACGCUUGAUAUUUGUGCAAAGUUAGGUGAUUAUAGAUUGUUAAUAUGCGAAUAUUCAGGUAGUGAUAUCCAUCAAAAAAUUUUAUUGAAUAUUUCAAAAGAUGAGAUGCAUUAUGCGUUACAAAAAAUUGAUUUUGAUUGAAGUAUGCAAAAUAUGAAUGAAUAUCCAUCAUCUUUUAUUAAUGUAAUUUAUUUCAUUAGUUUAAUUUAUUAUGCAAAAAACGUAUGUGUGUGCUUUUUUUUUAUGAAUUACGACAUUACAAUUUACUUUAGCUUGCACAAAUAUAUAUUUUUUAAAUAUUGUAAUAAACAUUAAAAUAUAAAUACAAUUUCCAAUGA